UCUAGACUCUCUCUCUCUCUAGAUUCAACUUAAUUAAUUAACCCUAAAAACAAUUCACAGAAAUGGAGCAGAAUUUGCCGAUAAUAGCAAAGAAAUUCUGGAGCAUUGUGCGAGUUCUUUACUUCAUGUUGAGAAAAGGAAUCUCAAAGGGCAAACUCUUCUCCGAUCUCAACUCAAUGAUCAAGCGCGGCAAGAUCGCCGGAAAAUCCGCCCUCAACAACCUCAUCCUCCACCACGCCUCCGCCGUCGCCCGCCGCUCCCAAAACACUCCAGACCCGCGGCUCGACGAGUACGAGUUCAGCUGCAGCAACACCCCCGCCCACCCCACCACCACCACCUUCCGCCUCGGCCCCUUCCACCUCCUCCUCAACAAGCGCAAACACUCCGCCGCCGCCGCCGCCCCACCACCGCCGCCGCCCAUCGACGCCGAGAUGGUGGCAGCAGCCCUCCAGAUCUUCCAUAGCGCGUCGUCGUCGCCGGCCCUACCUGGGUUCGGGCCGAGCCCGAUGGUGCGGCAGCUGAGAAUCACAGACUCCCCGUUUCCGAUUGAAUUGGAAAACAGUAACCCCCACGUGGAUGAGGCGGCGGAGGAGUUUAUAAUUAGGUUUUAUAAUGAUUUGAAGAAGCAGAAUUCCAUGGGUUAUCUGGGUUAUAAUAAUUCUUGAUUUUAAUUUACUGUUUUGGGGUUUUGUAUUAUUAAUGCUUGAUUUUGGACGUUGCUGUGCGAAGAAAAAUAUUGUUUCGUGCAUGGUGGGGGUGGGAAUGCAAUUAUGAAGAGUUUUGGGGUCGUAAGUGAAAUAAGGAAAGAAAUUGCGAGAGCCUACUACUUCCGGUCAAGUCUGCAGUCUGCACUGAAUGAAUUAAGGAUUAUAACUGCUGUAGCUAUCACUUUAAUCACUGUUGUAAUAAUUCCAUGUGAAUUAAAUUAAUCCCUUUGUUGGAUUGAUUAGGUGUCGGAUAAAAUAUAUUUUACGUACGAGGAAUAUUACUGUAUAAUUUUCUCAUA